GAAGAGGGCCUGUGCCUAUGAUUAGACUAUUCCAGAUUACGAUCCGGGCUCAACCUCGUUUGCUAACAUGGAAUCACCCUUUCGGGUGACUUUAGUGGCUUCAAUUGGUUAACUCUUUAGUUGGUAAGUCGUGCUUUAUGUUUAUACUACCGAGAGAGGCUCUCCAAGUGUUCGACUCGAGGAUAUAAACAUCGACAACCUCCCCCGGUUAAAAGAGCACAAGUCAAACUCGUCCCUCAUAAGAAACUCCGCCAAAGACUCAGAGAAACAUCUAACUCCGAAGCCAUCGAGUUCUAGAACUUUUAGUUAGGAGAAGCAAAAUACUCAAGACAUCCCACCAAAGGCGAAGACCAAACACGUCGGUUUGAGACCAAUUCCAUCACAAACAAUACUCAAGGACACUAGAACACAGUGUAGAGUUAUUCGCAAUGUCUUCAUCACGAUCAAAUGGAAGUGGUCAGAGAGGUUCCCGCGGUAACAAGGGAAGACAAUCAUCCCACCAGCAGCUCAUCGAGUCGCUACGCACUCACCGAGUCAACACACUCACUGAACUCUGCCGGAUUGAACGAGUUGCCGCUAGCUGCGAAAACGAGGAAGACGCGCAAGCCUUCCAGGCCCCGAUGACCUCCGCAUGGGACUACUAUGUGAACAGCAACCAGUUCCUGACGGAGCUAAGAGGCCUGACGCGCAACUAUCCCAUCUCGGGAGACCUGGUUGAUCAAGCGCACCACCUCGUCCGGAACGAUCCGAAUUCAAACCGUAGCUGGAACCUGGCAUGGCUGUGCCUGGUGAAGAUCCGCGACGAGGGCUUAAUCCCAGCGUACGCGCAAGCAGACGCCUGGCGCAGAGAGAUGUGGGGAGGCCGCGAUCCCACGCAGGAAGAAGCAGACCAGCUGGCGCAGUGCUUCGAGUACGAAUGGACCCAGGCGGUUGAGAAUAUGCUGCGGCACUGGCCUGCCGCGCCGACAUGGUACUAAGUUCAACAGCCUUUCUUCCUUCCUUCCUUCCUUCCUUCCUACCCGUUUCUCCUUUUCGGUCUGUCGUUUGAUAUCACCCCCCGGGCUUCUGGUUGGCAAGGCGCUAGGAAA